ACCAGUUUCUAAAUAUCUAAUUUUUACAAAGUAAUCUUUGUGUGUGUGUGUGAAACUGAAGCUACAUCAAAUAUGAAAACCUGUAAAUCCAGUCACUCGGAUUCAGGUGUGGAAUCAGCCAUGCAGUGCAGGAGUGGAGCUGGCUGUGUUGUGAAGUGCAGUUCGGAAAGGAUGGAGAACGCUGCCAAGAGGAGACUGGCUGCCAACGCCCGGGAGAGACGACGGAUGCAGGGACUGAACACGGCCUUUGAUCGCUUGAGGAAGGUGGUCCCGCAGUGGGGUCAGGAUAAGAAGCUGUCCAAGUAUGAGACCCUGCAGAUGGCCCUGAGUUAUAUCAUGGCUCUCACCAGAAUCCUGGCUGAAGCAGAAAGGUACAGUACUGAGCGGGAAUGGAUUAGCCUGCACUGUGAGCACUUCCACCCCGAGAGCUACCACCAUUACACGGGACAGAAACUGGGCACGGACAGCGACCCGUACGCACAGCGGAUAUUCGGCUACCACCCGGAACACUUUCAAACAGCUAAUUAGAACUCCUGAACUAAGAAUAUGCAGCAGAUGUGUAAUUUAAUAAUUAGCAAGAGUUAAUCUGCUUGACUAAGGUAAUAUUGGCAUUAUAAUAGCUCAUUUUGUUCGCCUCUUAUACUAAUUUGGCGAAUUUGCUUUGAGAACUUCAAAAUGCGUUUAAGAAAAUUGAAUUUAUUUAAUGCUAGUGGAAAGUAUACUUUUAAUUUGAAGUCUUUCUGACAAUUGUUUCCUAGUUCAUCUAGUUCAUUUGAUUUUUUCAUUAAGUAAGUUUUUGGUGGGUUUUUUUUUACUGUGAUGAAUCAUGACAGUAUUUCUACAAAUCAUGGAACAAGUUGACCCAUGGUGUAACUGAAUGGAAUACCAGCAGAAAUUAACUUUGUUCCAUGUUUUUAUUUUUAUGUCAGCUUUAAACUUAUUCUUUGGUUUGUUUUCACAGAAAUGGCUCCCAUGGAAAAAGUUUUAUAAUGUAUCGUUGUUCUAGUCCUCAGAGAACUAACUUUCUUAAACUUUGUAAGUUUGACAUUAUGGGUUCCAAGGUUGUGUAGGUUUGCUUUAAUCCAAUUUAUGGUGUUUCUUGUAUGCUCAAAAAAGAGCUAGUUUCAAGUCAUGGAAAGAAUGUUUUAUUUUUAGUGGUUGUAAAAGCAUGUGUGAUUAUAUACCAUAAAUGAGAAUGCUUGCGUGAAAAUACUCUAAACUUUUAGAUUUUUGUAGACUUUAAAUGAUUUUAUUUUUUAAUCCUGUGUUAUCUGGAAACAAUAACAGAUUUUGUAAAUCAUAAAUAAAGUGUUUUCUAUGCUA